AUGCCUAUUAUGAAAGGCUUGUUGGCGCCUCAGAAUACCUUUUUGGACACCAUAGCAACGCGGUUUGAUGGAACACACAGCAACUUUAUCCUUGCAAAUGCUCAAGUGUACCGAGGCUUUCCUAUUGUCUACUGCUCGGAUGGAUUCUGCGAUCUCACUGGCUACGCCCGUACAGAAGUCAUGCAGAAGAAUUGUGGAUGCCGGUUCCUUCAUGGAGCAGAGACCAGUGCCCAGCUUUCCAUUCAGAUCGAGAAAGCACUCGACAGCAAGCAAGAGUUUCAAGGAGAAGUGCAGUUCUACAAGAAAUCUGGAGCUGCAUUCUGGUGUUUACUCGACAUCGUCCCAAUUAAGAAUGAGAAAGGGGAAGUUGUACUGUUCCUAGUCUCUUUUAAGGAUAUCACAGAUAACAGGAGCAAAAUUCAUCAGGGAGAGGGUAAGGAAGAGGAGAAGCACAAAAGCAAAAAGGGAGGUGGGUCCCACUUCAGCGCCGCACGUAGGCAGGGCCGGACAGUCCUCUACCAUCUGACCAGCCACCUUCAGAAACGAGACAAAAAUAAAGUUGCUUUGAAUAAUAACAUGUUUGAAAAUAAGCCCUCUCUACCCGAGUACAAAGUGGCAUCGAUCCAGAAAUCCCGCUUCAUCCUCCUGCACUACAGUACCUUCAAAGCGGGCUGGGACUGGCUUAUCUUGCUGGCCACGUUUUAUGUCGCGGUGACUGUUCCGUACAACGUUUGCUUCACGGAGACCGAGGACAGCUCCUCCGCUUCCCGCAGCACCACUGUGAGUGACGUUGCUGUGGAAAUGCUCUUCAUCUUCGAUAUUAUCCUGAACUUUCGGACUACCUAUGUUAGUCAGUCAGGUCAAGUGGUUUAUGAACCCCGAUCCAUCUGCAUCCAUUAUGGAACCACAUGGUUUAUUGUGGAUUUAAUAGCUGCAUUACCAUUUGACCUUCUCUAUGCCUUUAACAUAACCGUGACCUCCCUGGUUCACUUGUUGAAGACUGUACGCCUGUUGCGGCUGCUGCGAUUGUUACAAAAACUUGACCGGUAUUCCCAGUACAGUGCCAUGGUCCUAACUCUUCUAAUGUCAAUGUUUGCACUACUUGCACAUUGGAUGGCCUGCAUCUGGUACGUGAUUGGCAGGAGGGAAAUGGAAAUGAAUGAUCCGCACACAUGGGAUAUUGGUUGGUUGAAUGAGCUUGGCAAACGGUUAGAGACUCCAUACACAAAUGACUCACUGGGAGGUCCUACCAUUCGAAGUGCCUACAUUGCUGCCCUCUACUUCACCCUGAGCAGCCUAACCAGCGUUGGCUUUGGAAAUGUCUCUGCAAACACAGACGCAGAGAAGAUCUUUUCGAUCUGCACAAUGCUAAUUGGGGCCUUGAUGCACGCCGUUGUCUUUGGGAAUGUCACAGCCAUCAUCCAACGUAUGUACUCAAGGCGAUCACUCUACCACACUCGCAUGAAGGACCUGAAAGACUUUAUUCGAGUUCACCACCUUCCACAGAAUCUCAAGCAACGGAUGCUUGAAUAUUUCCAGACCACCUGGUCAGUGAAUAACGGGAUCGAUGCCAAUGAGCUUUUACGAGAUUUCCCAGACGAGCUCCGCGCUGACAUCGCCAUGCAUCUUCACAAGGAAAUUCUGCAGUUACCCCUCUUUGUAUCGGCCAGUCGUGGAUGCUUGAGGUCGCUGUCUCUCCACAUCAAAACCACUUUCUGUGCCCCGGGAGAGUACCUCAUCAGACAGGGGGAUGCCUUGCAGGCAAACUACUUUGUGUGCUCCGGCUCCAUGGAAGUUCUGAAGGACAACAUGGUGUUGGCAAUUCUCGGCAAAGGAGACUUGAUUGGCGCAGAUCUUUCAACCAAGGGCCAAGUGAUUAAAACAAAUGCUGAUGUGAAAGCAUUAACUUAUUGUGACCUGCAGUACAUCAGUCUGAGGGGCUUAUAUGAGGUGUUGGAGCUCUACCCUGAGUACUCAAGCAAAUUCCUAUCUAACAUCCACCGUGACCUGACCUUCAACCUUGAAGAAGGACGUGAAGCACUGGGAAUCUCAAAAUGCUCCAAGUCUCCAAGACUCCCUCAGAAUAAAUUGGACAGCAGUGACAAUUCCAGUAAGAAACUUCCCUCCAUUUUAGAAACUGAAGACGAACCAAAUGAAUAUUCACAUCUCUCACCAGCAACUAAAAGUCGCAGGAAACUCACACUGCCGGGAUUAAACAGUCCGAUUCGCCGAGGAUCCCUGGGCAGUUUGCUGGGAGAGGAAUUGAAGCAUUACUCAGCGAUACGACUCGGAAGUCGAUCUCCAGGGAAGUGCAGGAGGGGGGGAAGUCCCCUACAUAAAAAAGAAGAUAGCACGUGCAGUGGUGGAAAUUGCAAUGUGCGAAAGCCAGCAAAGCUCCUUCUACCAUCGCUGAACUGCUGUGGGCCCCCUGACCUAAGCCCUAGGAUUGUUGACGGGAUUGAAGAUGAUGGGAAGAAUUCCGAAACACAAACAUUUCAUUUCAACAUUGAUCAGAGUUUCCAGAAAUCGACCAGAUUAUCUCCAAAGAAAGCUUUAUCUCAGGGGAAUUCCACUGCAGCAGCUGAGGCACAGGAAAUAAAGCUGAACAUCUGCCGACUUAAUCAGGAGAUGAAUAAUCUAAAUCAGGAGGUAUCUCAUCUCGCCAAGGAGCUUCAUCAUAUGAUGCACCUUCUUCAAAGGCAAAUGUCUGCUCAGCAGUACACACCUGCAAUGGCCUACGCACCAUAUGGUGUCUCCAUGGCUUCUUCUUCAUCUCCUUCUACUGAUAGCAGUGGGAAUGAGUGGCAACCAAGAUGCUCACAUUCUUUACAGCAGUCUACUCUUCAUGUGCAGUCUGGACCAUUUCCUAUGGCUCAGCUCAGCCGAAGCACAGAGGUUCCCAGCUCAUGGAAUUACAACAGCCAUUCAGCUACAUGCUAUCCUGGAAGCUCUGUGAGGGCAACAGUGUCAUGCCAAAGGACAGCAGAUGUGGAGCUUCAUCCAGUGCUGGACUGCUUCCAUGCAGUCUCAAGUCCGGUGGCAUCCUUUCAUUAUCAGGUGACUGUGGGAGAUCAAAGAGAGAGCCCAUUGACUCUCACAGACAUAAAUCAAAAUCUUACUCAGUCAGUUGCUGCCUCUCCAAACGUUGCUCGGCCAGUCUCGCUGCCAGUGAGCAGUGGCUCCAAACCUGGACGACAAACACCAGUCUCACAAAAGCCCACUUUUUCAACAUCACCAAGCCCUUGUCACUCUCUCUGUCUUCCUUCAAGUUCACACAACUCUCCUCUGAUCACUGCAAGUCCAGGUCGAUCCGUACCGAGAACUUCAGGAGCCAUGCAACCCACAGAGAACUCUUCGCAUGCUGUCACAAUCUCUCCCUCUACCAGCCCACUUAUUUCUAUCAUUCCAAUGCCUUGCCAGUCUGAAAAUGUCUCUCUAAAUGUUGGCCAGUCCUUCUCAGUGAUUCCCAAUCCCAAUCACAACAUUUUUGGUUCACCAAGCUCCAAUCAGUGUUUUCCCACUUCCACAGUUACUGGCUUGAGCUCUAUGGAGGAUCUGAUGGAUAUGAACUCGGGAGGUACAAACGAUGAAUGUAUAUCUUGAGGUCAAGUAGUUUCAGAAUUGAUUCAGGGACUCUGAGAAUACAUUGCAAAGGAGCCAUAUGCUCUGGAGGAAAUUUCCUUAAUCUUGUGUUACUCAUAUCUGUUGAGCAAAUGACAUGUUUUGGGAAAUGAGUUUUAAACUGAUUAUUUGGGCUCACAAGUUGUUGAGUUUCAUGGCUGGCUAUCCUUGGGCAUGAAGUAAUUUAUAUUGGGUUGCAUUCACCAAGAUACAAUUCAAAGGUAAUGAAUGACAGGAACAGAGAAUCAGGAGUAUCAAACUGCAAAUCAAUUUGCCCUUUCCUAGCCCGAUGUAAUAAAACACAAUGUUAGGCUAUUGACAAGAGUAAUUUGCAUUUGAAUAAGGAAGCGUUUUGCAGAGAUAAUGUUGCAACAACCUGAGAAAUUAGUUUAAUUUACAGUGGAGGUUCACAGAAGAAGGAUUUAACUUCUUCUGAUCUUGAACAAUAUCUAGAAUCAGAAAUAUCUGAAGAAAAACUAUUUGAUUUGACAAAAAAGAAAGGCACAUGAAGGUGAACUGGUGCCACAAGACAGGAAAACUGUAGCUAUGAAGAAAGGUUGGAUAAAGUUGUGCUUUCUUUGGAACAGAGUGGGCUGAAGAGAGACUAUAACUAAACUGCAUAAAAUUCUGAGUGGUCUACAGUAUAGACUAAAUAGGGAGGACUGACUUCCAUUUAGCAGAGUUAUCGAAAAAUGAGACUUGAAUUGGUAGAAGGAUGAGAGGGGAAUUGGGAAAAGCAUUUUUCACCCUAAAGGUGAAUGGCCUGAGAAAGCAACUGUGACUGAAAUCCUUGAAGAGACCUGACCCAUAGGGCUAAUAACCAAAUGCUAAGAAGUGGAUUUACACCGGGUGGCUGUUUUUGACCAACACUGACAUGAGGUGCUGAAUGGCCUUGUUCUGCUUUGUAAGUUUUCCAUCAUUCUCAGAAACAGUGCGUCACUGAGUGGCAGAACAUUCCAACAGGGUAGCCAGGCGCUGUACCAAGAACACUCAGUAAUUGAGAGUAGACCAGGGAGGAUAUGCCAGCCUAAACCACUCUUACCAGCUGAUCAUAGUCAGUAGAGAAUUGAGACAGAGUAUCUGCUUCUACUAUUUUGAAAAUUGUACAGGUUAGCCAGAGAAAAAAAUAUAUAUAUAUAAUGAGAGUUCCACAUAACACCUUUCUGGAAGAGGUGAGCAGGCUAAAAUCAGGAACAUCUGAAUCUCAGGGUUCGUGCAUUAGUUUAUUUGAACCCAUAUGAUAAAUAAAACCUGGUUAAUAUAUUUUCCAUAUCUAAACCUAUAUUCAGUUCAUGUUGGUUGCUGGUUUCUGUAUUGGCUGGCAUUCAGACACAGCCAGCUACUACAGAUAGAUCAGCCAAACCUUACACAUGCUGGUGAAGAAAGGAAGGACAAGUCCAACGACACCCGAGAAUCCAAGGUGGGAAGGCCGAGGAGCGUCAGUAUCUAGUUAAUCUGAAUAUGUGGUAAUCCAGAAACUCUGGCUUCACGCAUUGGGACAUAUGUACUAUGGUCGGACUCCACCUCUAAACCAAAGGAAUCACGUAACAUUUUCUGUGUAGCCAGUCCAGAGAGCAAUCAGGAUACAACUACUCUGAAAAAAUAUUAAACACUGAAGAGGCAACAAUGCAAAGCUUUCUUUCAUGUUAAAGAAGACAAUUGAAUGUAAAUUAUGAUGCAUUUUUAAAUGUACCCAGCGUGUUUUUUAUGUGUUAUAUUCACCUUCCCAUAAGUGCAAAGACCGAGGGAUUCUUCCCUUCAGACUGCAGGGAUGAACAACACAUUGUCUUAAUGUCACCAUUUUACUUGCAUGUUAAUAUAGAGACAGCUGUCUUGUUAAACUUCUAACUAUUGUAUUCUACACAAAGUUAUAUUUCUACUCAACCCUUUGAAGUUCAACUUGUGUUUCUUGCUAUAAGCAGAAAAUUAAGAAGUCGACAUUCUUAUCUUGAUAAAUACAUUUCCUUUGUGUUGGUAAUUUCACAUCUAUAUUAAUUUAUAAUGAAAGCAUUCUUGUU